AUGGCGCAAGAGGAGCUGGCCACACUUGAGGAGGAGGAGGGACACUGGCGGGCGUUGGGAAAGCUGGUGAAGGAGACGUGCGGUUCAACCACACGCCAGGCGAUGAUGGCGCACACUACGCCCCUCUUCGACGCCCACCGAGCGCGCCUGGCAGCUGCGAAGCAGAAGGCAGAGACGGGGCAGGCUUUUACACCCGCCUCCGACGACGCCGAUGAUGAUGACGAGGAGUAUAUGUCGAUGGAGAGCCUCCCACACUCGGAGUCCGUGUUGUCAUACGGAUCUACAUCUGGUGGCGACGAGACAGCGGGCUCCGAGUUGUGGGAGGAGGAGGAAUACGCAUUUGCCUACGUCGGAGAGUUCCUUGCAUUACAGACAGAGUACAAUCGGAUGCGAUCGGAGAUGAUCGAGACGCAAGCUGCGGUAGACGCUGCACGACCCACAAGUCCUGCCAAAUGUGCAUUACAAGAAUCCCUGCGACAUCAAACUUGGAAUGCACAAGCGCCGCUUCCAUGUGGAGAUCACGUCGAGCUCGCGAAGGUUAAAGAUACACUGGAAAAGCAACUUCUGGCAAAAGCGGAACACUCCAAGCUCCGAGUGUCCGAAGCGCUCGGCGUGUACCGGCGAGAAAGAGAGGAGAAGGAGAAACUGGAGGCAACCGUUAAUGAACUCAAUGCGCAUCUCGUGGAGGAUUCACAAGAGAAGGACACCGACAUAGCGAAAUUGGCGGCGCACGUUGCAACUCUCGAGGCCCAAAUCGCUGCCAUGCGCUCCGACCAGAAGAUCAGUGACUUGCUGAAGCGAGCCUUUCGGAGGGCAGAGUUGACCCAUUGA